AUGAACGGCGCAUCAUCCCUAGAUUCUGUGGACUAUGACCCAAUCGACCACUUAAAUCUAAUAUUCUCUCAUCCCUCAACCCUCAAUUCCGUAGACGAAACCGCAGCCGCCCUCACCUCCCACCAAAAUGAGCUGUCAAACACCAUCUCCCAGCUCAUCGCUACCCAGGCGCAAACCAACGAUUCCAGUCUUGCCCGCAUGGAAGCCGCGAAGUCAGAGCUCGCUCUCCUGUUCUCCAAGAUUGAAAGCGUACGCACGCGCGCCAUCGAAACGGAACAGACUAUUACCUCCAUGACGGCAGAUAUAAAACGGCUGGAUGAUACCAAGAAGAACCUUACGCUCUCCAUGACUGCGCUGAAGCGGCUGCAGAUGCUGACGACGGCCUACGAACAACUACGUGGAUUAGCGAAAACGAGACAGUAUAGGGAGUGUGCGAGUCUGUUGCAGGCGGUACUGCAGUUGAUGAGGCAUUUCAAUAGUUAUAGGAGUAUUGAUCAGAUCGCUACUUUAUCGCGGAAUGUCGCGGAGCUGCAACGCGAAUUACUCGAACAAGUAUGUGAGGACUUUGAAAUGGCAUUUGCACGGGGAGAAGUCGCUGCUAAGAAAGUGGUACUUGGGGAAGCUUGUUUGGUCAUGGAUGCGUUAGGGGAGAAUGCUAGGGCGCGGUUGGUGACAUGGUAUGUUAAUACUCAGUUAAGAGAGUAUAGACAGGUGUUCCGAGGGAAUGAUGAGGCGGGCAGUUUGGAUAAUAUUGGGAGACGAUAUAGUUGGUUUCGACGGAUGUUGAAGACGUUUGAGGACGACCAUGCGGCUAUUUUUCCGAGAGAGUGGAGGGUCAACGAGGUGCUGGCUAAUUCUUUCUGUGAGGGGACGAGAGAUGACUUCAAAGGAAUACUGGAGAGAAGUAUGAGGAGGCCGGAGGGAGGGAAAAUUGACGUCAAUCUUUUGUUGAGUUGUUUGCAAGAGACCAUGGAUUUCGAACAGAGUCUGGAAAGGCGGUUUGCGAGUGAUCCUUCAAGAGCGAGUAUUGAUACACUUGGUUCGCUGGAGGAGAAGGCUCAGACUUUCGACCGCUCAAUAUCGGAAGCUUUCGAGCCAUAUCUGAGCUUGUGGGUGGAUUCGCAGGAUAAGCAGUUGGCAGCGAUGAUACCGAAGUACAAGACGCAGUCGCUUUUGCCUGAAGAUGAGGAGUUCUCGCCACAAGCCGUGAUACAGUCUUCGAUUGAACUGUUUCAUUUCUACAAACUUACACUUGCGCAAUGCGCUAAGCUUUCCACGGGAGAGAGGUUGCUGGAUCUCUCAAAAACACUAGCUAAAUAUUUGGACGAAUAUGCUCAACAAGUAUUAUUAUAUUUCCUUACCCUUCACUCGACACCAACAGGGCCGAGUCUCCAGAAUGUCAUAUUAGUUCUCAACACGGCGGACUACUGGCAUAUCAAUUCACAACAGCUCGAAGAGAAUCUUAAAAAGCGUAUAGAUGAUGAUUUAGCCUCCAAGGUUGAUUUAUCGUCCCAGUCGGAUGCAUUUAUGGGAGUCGCAAGUGCUGCAGUAGCCGCGUUGGUACAUCGAGUUGAGCUUGACUGUGAUGCUCCGUGGCGAGAAAUGCGCAAUACCAACUGGAGCAAAAUGGAAAGUGUGGGAGAUCAAAGCUCAUAUGUUGCAGAGCUGCUUAGACAUGUGGAAACGCAAGUCAAAGAGGUGUUACCUCUAAUAAGCAAACAACAGUAUGCGAGGGCUUUCUGUGAUAAGACGGUCGAGUAUCUUGUAAAUUCUUAUAUUUCAAACAUUGUCAUCUGCCGACCUGUAUCAGAGGUUGGCGCCGAACAGAUGUUACUCGACAAAUACGUCCUCACUAAGUCUCUCUCAACACUUUUAUCACACUCUCCCGCCGCCUCCGCCUCGACCACAGCUCAAACCGCCUUUACCAAACGUGUCACCCAAAGCAUGGCCCGCAUCGACCCUCUCCUGAAAACUCUCCAAGUCCGUCCCUCACCGCCGGAGGGCCUUGUUCAAGCAUAUCUCAUCCACAUCGGCGACCGUUCUGAUACUAAUUUCCGCAAAAUCCUUGAAAUGAAAGGAGUACGCAAACAAGACCAACCCACCCUCGUCGAACUCUUCACCAUCCACAGAGAUGGUAAAACCAAUCCGCAUCUCGUACAGAUGUCACCACUCAUGACCCCCUUACUAAACUCCUCCAGCAUGGGUAGUGUAGGUCUUGGAAUCGGCAGUACGGGACCAAGCACACCUAUGCUGCCCACGAAGUUUGACCCAGCUGGCUUUGGGGAGAAGCUCUUCAGUGCUGCGAGGGAUGGAGUGGAGAGGAUGGGCACACCUGUAGGCGCGGCGAGCCCGCUUACGGAUGAUGCAAAGGCUGCGGUAGAAGGGAAUUUGAAGAGUCUGGGCAAGUUCUUUGGGAGGGAUAUGAGGGGUUUUGGGAGGUUUGGGAAGGGUAGUGUGGAUGAUACUGUUAGAUAG